AUGGGGACAACAUUCCCAAUCAUUGGAAAUGCACACCAGCUAAAAGCUGAUUCAGGAGCAUUUUUUAACCAGGUGGUGACCCUCAGUACCAAAUACAACCAUUUUCCUAUGUAUAAGAUCUGGAUUGGAACUGUCCCAUUUGUCGUCUUGUACCAUCAUGACACAAUUGAGAUGAUUCUGAACAACGCCACCCACAUGGACAAAGCACAAGCAUACACCUUCCUGCACCCCUGGCUUGGCACUGGUUUGCUUACAAGCACUGGAAAAAAGUGGCGACAAAGAAGGAAGAUGCUGACACCCACCUUUCACUUCUCAAUUCUGACUGACUUCCUGGAGGUGAUGAAUGAGCAGGCUGAGAUCCUGGUGGAGAAGCUGCAGAAUAAAGCUGGCAAAGGAGUGUUUGACUGCUUCUCCCAUGUCACACUGUGUGCUCUGGACAUCAUCUGUGAGACUGCCAUGGGGAAAAAAAUCUAUGCUCAGAGCAACUCAGAUUCAGAGUAUGUCAAGUGUGUUUACAAAAUGAGUGACAUUGUUAGCCGAAGACAGAGGGCUCCCUGGUUCUGGCCAAACUUCCUGUACUAUACAAUUGGAGAUGGCAUCGAGCACGAUAAGACACUAAAGGUGAUACACGACAGAGCGGAGAACAUUUCUAACAUUGAGUCAGACAGUGACACGGAUGGGAAGAAGAGACGAGCAUUCCUGGACAUGCUGCUGAAGGCCACAGAUGAGGAGGGCAACAGCAUGAGCCACCAGGACAUUCAAGAAGAGGUGGACACAUUUAUGUUUGAGGGCCAUGACACCACAGCUGCUGCCAUGAAUUGGGCCCUACACCUACUGGGCUCCCACCCGGAGGUACAGCAAAAAGUGCACCAAGAGCUAGACCAGGUGUUUGGGACAUCAGAGAGGCCCAUAAACACAGAGGACUUAAAGAAGCUCAAAUACCUGGAGUGUGUGAUUAAAGAGGGACUUCGGCUGUACCCCUCCGUCCCAUUCUUUGCCCGUACUAUUUGCCAGGACACUACCAUCAAGGGCUAUAAAGUUCCCAAAGGUUCCAAUGUCAUACUGUUUACAUAUGUGCUGCAUCGAGACCCACGUUACUUCCCAGAUCCUGAAGAGUUCAGACCAGAGCGCUUCUUUCCAGAGAACUCAGUUGGACGACCUGCCUAUGCCUACAUACCCUUCUCGGCUGGACUACGUAACUGCAUUGGCCAGCGUUUUGCCAUGAUGGAGGAAAAAGUGGUCUUGGCGUCCAUAUUACGGAACUUCACUGUGGAGGCAUGUCAGAAGCGUCAUGAACUGCAUCCAGUCGGAGAACUCAUCCUGCGUCCAGAGAAGGGCAUCUGGAUAAAACUCGAGAAACGGACCUCACAGUCAUGUGUACAAUAA